AUGGGAGCGAUCGGGGGGACCGGCCGCUCCCGCAGGAGGGAGGCAGCGGGGACCGGGCAAGGGGGGCACUCGGGCGGCUACGAGUCAGGGACUGUGGCCGCCCGGCCGCUGGGGGCAAGGAGGGGAGAGCGGAGCAGGUCACCGCGCCGUGAGCGAGGCCUCCGGGGACGGGCCCGGCCAGGGCACUGCAGCCCCUGGGCAGGAAGCUCUGACCGCGGCGCUCUCAGCCCCGGAGUCUCCCGCCCGCACCAACCUCCAUUAGCAGCGGCGGCGGCAACAACCUGCGCUCGCCAUGUUGAGAGGAAACGACGUCAGGGCCGCGGCCGAAGGACUGCGGAGGAGGAAGCGGCGGCGCGAUACCCCAACCCGGCAGGAAGGCGGAGGGAGGGGCAGGCAGAGCCACGGCACUACGGAGGCUCAGCGGGGACUCGCCUCCUCCCCGCCCUAGCGGUGCGCUACAGGUGCGGAGGAAGGGAGAAGGGCUGGGGAGAGCGAGGCGCUGCCACCUGGGAGCUACUUCAGCAAAGGGAGCGGCAGCACCGCCCCCCUCCGGGCGCCCAGCGAGCGAGCCUCAGGCAGCGCUACCCGUCACUGGGGAGAGACGCCCUCAGGCUGCUCUGCCACCUACCACCACCCUCUUCCGGGGAGAGACUCCCUCGGACAGAGCUGCUCCCCACCCCCAAGUUUCACCCUGGCUAUAGCAAGAGAUUCCUUCAGGGAGACAGCGCCAGGACUCUCCCUGCUCAGGGGAUAAAACUCUUUUGGGCAGACCUGCUUGUCCGGCUCUCCCCAGCAGGAGGAAGUCGGGACUCUGUCGGGCAUAUAGAGAGACCAGCAGGCAGUGGAGGGGAGAGAAGUACUACAACCUGCCAUAACAACACUUCCAGGCCCAGCAUCUGGCUUGUCUGUAGUCUCAGCCUGCAGAAAAACCUCAGGAGGAGACAAUCUGCACCCCUUGCCACCAGCUUGCCAGCAAAAGGAGGAGACAGCUCAUCUCUACUGCCAUUGCCUGAAGCCUGCUUGCCCUGCAGCCAACGCACACUGGAUCUGGGAUUUUGGAUCGAGAGACCUGACCUGCGGGUUCCCAGCUUUAAAGACAGUCAGCGCAGUUCCAGAAGAGAGUGGCCAGCUAGUCCCUCUCCAGUGAUCCAAAGGGAGAAUCUGCUUGCCUGGAUCUGUCUUCUGGCCACUCUUCCAGAUGAGCAACCUGAGUGAGUACCCUGUAUUAUAGGUAGUUAUGGUUUAAUUUUCACCGCAUUGCAUCUGUGAAAGGACUUUCAUCUACUUGGAUCAAGACCUGCACUGCCAAUUCCCAGUAUAAUAAACUGUAAUAUUAAUAACAUCUCUUUACAAGCCUGCUAUGUAUCUCCACGUACACCACCAAGGUACCUGUGGGGGACAGAAAGAAUUGAGUGGUGAGGGACAUUUUUGUUUAGCAACAUUGGGGGAGUGUGUGGUCAUGUGACCUAGUGUGCUUGCUAGCAUAGCCUUUAGUAAUUCAAAAUCAUUAUUAGGGUUGUUGAUUAAUCGCAGUUAACUCACACGAUUAAC